UUGCCUGUCGUCCCUCUGGGUCCCGGCCGUCACCCGGGGGUCCGCGAGGCUUCGGUGACCCUCGGCUCCGGGCGCGGGGCGGGCGGCGGCACCGGGCCCAUGGCCCCCGCGGCGGCGCCGUCUUCCUUGGCCGUCAGAGCCUGGAGCCCGGCCGCGGUGCCCAGCGCGUACGCGGCCUUCUGCAAGGGGCUCUCCCGCACGCUGCUCGCCUUCUUCGAGCUGGCCUGGCAGCUGCGCAUGAACUUCCCGUACUUCUACGUCGCGGGCUCGGUGAUCCUCAACAUCCGCCUGCAGGUACACAUUUAAAGCCGUGACUAAGCUGCCGGACUCCGGAGCCGGCAUGAUGGCCGACUCCCAGGCGCCCCCGCGGCGGCGUCGGGGAGCUGAGGGCGACGAACCCGGCGGUCUAGCGAGAGUGACCGGCGCACUGCGCGCCUGCGCCCUGGGCUCCCUGCCGAGCUCCCCGGAGGGUGGCGGACGGGCGGGCAGCGGGCACUAGGGAGAGCAAGUGCGCGAUUGCGGCGGCGGAGGA